AUGGGCAUCGGCACGCACAAAAACGACGCGCUCGUCUGCCUGAACGAUUUCGCGUUCACCAACGCCUUGGUGAAGCAAGGGUCGAGACGAGACUGUUUUCGUCAUCGGAAGCGCAUCGACGACGACGGAGAAAAAGAAGAACAACGAGGAAACGAUGCACAAAAUUCGAUUAGAAAAAUACGCACAGAAAUCAUCGACGAAGGGAACUGCGUGUGCACGUUAGGUCAAACAGAUGGCGAUUUGAACAACACGCAGACGAAAGUGCACUGCGUGGUGACGGGAACUUUGAAUAAACCAUACGGGAGGUCCGCGGAAGGGUCGUUGAGAGUGCACGUGAAAAUGUCACCCAUGGCGCACCCGACGGACGCGCCGAUCGAGAAGAAUCGAGAACACGAAACGUGCGAUGGUUUGUCGAGAAUGCUGGAGAAGUGUUUUCGAGACGCGAGGGCGUUGGAUUUGGAGAGUUUGUGCGUCAGUGCGGGGAGGUACGUGUGGCAUUUAAGGUUGGAUGUGACUCUUUUAAAUCACGGCGGGGAUUUGCCGUUGGCGGUUUCGAUAGGCGCGAACUGCGCGUUAGGGAGCUUUCGGAGGUACGAGUGUUCGAUAGAUAACGAGACGAAUCGCGUGACGUUUCACGAGGAACGGGAGAGCGUGAAGUUGCAGCUGAUGCAUCAUCCAGUGGCCGUUCGGUUUGCGUUUUACGAUGGAAGUAACAGCAAAGGGAGCGGGAUAGACGAAAACGAAGAGAGCAAAGAAGAUGCGGACGAAGAGGACGAGAACAACAAACCGCAUCAGAAAUACGGCGUAUUGGUGGACGCAACCGUAGAAGAAGAGGCGUGCGCGAUCGGGUUCGCGACAGUUGCGGUAAAUGAACACGGAGAGACGUGUUUCUCGACCAUGGAUUUUAUGGGCGAGAGAUUAGGGAAGAGCGCGACGCGAGGCGUGGACGCGACGGCGUUGGCGGGAGUACACUCCACCGCGAGCGACGUAGCUAAAGUAGUGUGUAAGGAAAUGAAAGAGGCGCACGAAAUAUUCGAGCAGAAGCGAUUGGAAGAAAAAACGAGACGACGGAAAUACGAUCCAGACGCGCUCGAACGGGCGGCGAUGAAAGUCGGCGAGGACGAAGAGAAAGAGGAUGGCAUUAAGGAAGCGUUACUCGAAGACGCAGAAGCGAUGGACGCAGAAGCGCGCGCCAGCGAAGAUUCCUCCGAUGAAGAUGAAGAUGAUGAUGCAGAAGAUAAAGAACACGUACCGUUGGUUUCGCUGAAACCUCCACCGAAGAACGCGUCUUCCUCUUCCUCCUCUGAGGAAGAAGAAGAAGAAGAGAAAUCGAGCGACGCGGAAGGCGACGAUAUCGACGAUAUGUUCGAUAAAGCAGAGAAGAAGCAGGCAAAGAAAAGAGCGAAAAUUGCCGCGAAAACAUGGGACGAGGCCUUACCCGGAGACGGGAAGAAAUUAUCCGACGCGGUCUUGAAGAAGAAGAAGUUGAAUAAAAAGAAAGCGCCGGCCAAAGCGAAGAAAUUAACAUCAUCGUCCAAGAAAUGA